AUGGGAGUAGAAGAAGUGAAGGAUUUUAAAAUCCGGCCAAUGAAGUGUGAACUUAACUUUCUAAGUAAAUCUGAUGGAUCGGCAAUAUUGUCACAAGGAGAAACUGUAGUACUAGCGAGUGUAAAUGGUCCUUUGGAUAUUAAAACAACUAGCCAGAGUAUUGAAAAAGCCACUCUAGAAGUACUAUUUUGCAGUAAAGGAGGUAAACCAUCAGUAGCUGACAGAUUCAAAGAAAAUAUAAUUAGGCAAACAUGUGAGACAGCUAUUUUAGGUUGUUUAUAUCCUAGAACUGGUAUAUCUCUAACUAUUCAAGAAUUAGAAGAUUAUGGAGGGCUUCUCACUUGUGCAGUAAACAGUGCAUGUUUAGCACUACUCAACUCAGGUGUAGGAAUGCGACAUGUAGUUGCAGCUGUUGGAUGUGCGGUUGACGAAGUGGGAAACUUAUUAUUAGAACCAUCAUAUAAUGAAGUCCAAAAUGCUAAAGCCAUGUUAUAUUUUGUUUUUGACAACCGAGAAAAGAAGUUAGUUUCAGGUUUUACUGAAGGCUGUUUCAGUGAGGACACAUAUGAAGAAGCUCUGGCUAGAUGUCGCAUUGCAAGUGAUAUCAUAUUUCAGUUCUAUAGAGACAUAGUUAAACAAUAUUCUAAAGUUAUU